AUGACAACAAAGCAGCGGCUGGAAGUUGCCAGAAAGCGAGCCGCGCAGAGACUAAAGGCCGAGCAGGCCGAGCAGGAACGCAAUUUCAAACUCGGUGGCCUGUCGUCGUCAAGCUUGUUCGGCGAAGAUAUCGUUCGGCGCACCGAGGCUGGGAUUCAAGAGGACGAAUCCCUGCUAGAACGUAAUCCGGAGAACAUGACCCAGGUUCUCAACCCUCGUCCUACGGCUCGGUCGCGAUGGCAGCGGAAGAUGGUGAUCAGAGACCUGAGACGCCGUGGUCGACCGAACAAAGAAAUGAAGAUUGCGCGGUCAGAGCGCAAUCACCUGUCUCGGUCGCAUUUCUUCAAGACCUCUAUGAAGAAGCUGGCUCCUCUUGCUCGACAAAUCGCAGGCAAAUCCAUUGAUGAAGCUAUCCUGCAAAUGAGAUUUUCCAAGAAAAAGGUGGCUCAAGAGGUCCGGCAACACCUGAUCCAGGCUCGCGACGAGGCCAUUGUCAUGAAAGGCAUGGGACUUGGGGCAGCUCAGAGCAGCGAGAAUGCAACCCCUGGUCAAGACCCCAGCGAAACUCCACCUCUUCCUCAUCAGACGCCCGCCAAAGCCAUCAAGAAAGGUCACGCCGCGAAUGAAACCGACAUCUAUGUCGCAGAGGCAUGGACGAACCGAGGCCCUUAUGGAAAGGAGCCUGAAUUCCGUGCACGUGGCCGUGUGUACAUGUUACGUCCACCCCAGACCGGCAUCAGUGUACUCCUGAAAGAGGAGAAGACGCGGACAAGAGAACGCGCGGAAAAGGAAGCCAAGGCGUUGAGGAAGAGGAUGGGCAAGAGCAUGUGGGUUCAUCUUCCCGACAGGAAGAUCACUGCUCAACGACAACAUGUUCUCUGGUAG